AUGAAUCAAGAAGGUAAUAGACGACUUCAAGAGACCGAAGCCAAGAUAGUAUCAGGCGCAGUAGGAUCCUUUCUUACUGCCUUUGCCGUUCAUCCACUGGAAGUUGUGAAGGUUCGAACGCAAGCUCAACGGACUCCUGUUCGAUUCUGUUCUCCGGACUGCGUGGUCAUAUUGAACAAUGGCCUCGGUGAUUGUUCGUUACCCAAGAAUUCCUUGAGCUGCAUGAAUCCAACCUGCAAUAAUACGGUGGACGCAGCUCCUCGGGGUGCAGCAGCAAGGGGUACCUUUGGAAACAUGCGACACAUUUUCUUUAAGGAGGGAGUGGGAAGUUUGUACGCUGGGCUUGGUCCGACGUUGACCAUGGGUGUCCCCAACACGAUAAUAUACUUUUUGACAUAUGAUGAACUCUCGCGAAAAAUGUCUCAACGCAAUUUGGACAAUCAAUGGACUCCAGCACUCGCAGGGGCUGCGGCUCGAUCCAUUGCCUCACUUACCACCGCACCGCUGGAAUUAAUUAGAACCAUUCAGGCAUCGCGUCCCAAAAGCAAUGGAAUGCUUUCCGAGUUUCAAAGGAUUGUUCGACAAGAAGGAGUCGUUGGGCUGUAUCGUGGAUUAGCUCCAUCUCUCAUGCGGGAUGUUCCAUUUUCAUCCAUCUAUUGGAUGUCGAUUGAAUAUUGUCGGGCCAAGUGGAUAGAGUAUGAUGGUGGGCAUCGAGUCGAGCGAGUGACGACCAUGGAGCAUACCGGCCGGGCGUUGUUCAAUGGAACGGUUUCGGGAUUUAUUGCCGCAGCCUGUACCACGCCCUUGGAUGUGAUCAAGACCAACCAGCAACUUCAGGGAGAUGUUGUAGAGUCUCCAGUCUUGCUAUCGGAAGGCAAUAGAACUACUACAAAUACUGCCAAACGACGUGGUAACGCGACUUCGCUCGAUAUUGGCAAACGAAUCUUGGCGGAAGAAGGCAUUCAGGGAUUCUGGAGAGGAAAUGUGGCUCGCAUGACCAAGGUUGCUCCGGCUUGUGCUUGCAUGAUUGCUUCCUAUGAAGUGGGACAAAAACUUUAUAUGACAAAUGAAUCAUAA